UCUCUGUUGUCUUUACAAAGUGACACACGUACAUACACAGUUGAUGCCACCCCAAUUUUUUCUCCUCAAUAUUACUCUCCCUUCUUUUUUCCUUUCUUUUGGAUUUCUGUGGACGAGACUUCAAAUACAGAAACGAACGCAAAAAACAACAAACAAACAGAGAAGAAGAAGAACGAAAGAAACAAAGAAACAAAAUGGCUCUGAGAUUGAAUCCCACCAUUAUCUCAGCUCAAUCCCCGAAGCUUGUUCCUGCUUUUGCUCUUCCUCCAAUGGCCACCACUCUCAGAUCUCCUUCUCCCAAGUUCUUCAUGGCCUCCACUCUCCGUUCUGGCUCCAAGGAAGUUGAGAAUUUGAAGAAGCCUUUCACACCUCCUAGAGAGGUUCAUGUUCAAGUAACCCACUCCAUGCCACCACAGAAGAUUGAGAUCUUCAAAUCAAUGGACGAUUGGGCUGAGGAGAACAUUCUCGUUCAUUUGAAGCCAGUCGAGAAGUGCUGGCAGCCUCAGGAUUUCCUGCCAGAUCCUGCCUCCGAUGAUUUUUAUGACCAGGUCAAAGAACUUAGAGAGAGGGCUAAGGAGAUUCCAGAUGAUUACUUUGUUGUUCUUGUCGGAGAUAUGAUCACGGAAGAAGCUCUCCCAACCUACCAAACAAUGCUUAACACCUUAGAUGGUGUUCGGGAUGAAACUGGCGCUAGCCCUACUUCAUGGGCAGUUUGGACUAGGGCAUGGACCGCUGAAGAGAACAGGCAUGGUGACCUUCUCAACAAGUAUCUCUACCUAACGGGACGCGUAGACAUGAGGCAAAUUGAGAAGACCAUUCAAUAUUUGAUCGGUUCUGGAAUGGAUCCCCGGACAGAGAACAAUCCCUAUCUUGGUUUCAUCUACACUUCAUUUCAGGAGAGGGCUACUUUUAUCUCUCAUGGGAACACUGCCAGGCACGCAAAGGAGUAUGGGGACUUGAAGUUGGCGCAAAUUUGCGGUACAAUAGCUGCGGAUGAGAAGCGGCACGAGACGGCCUACACCAAGAUAGUUGAAAAGCUCCUUGAGAUCGAUCCUGAUGGCACUGUCAUAGCUUUUGCUGACAUGAUGAGGAAGAAAAUCUCUAUGCCAGCUCACUUGAUGUAUGAUGGCCGCGACGAUAACCUUUUCGAUCACUUUUCAGCUGUUGCACAACGACUUGGGGUCUACACGGCCAAGGACUAUGCUGACAUAUUGGAGUUCUUGGUGGGAAGGUGGAAGGUGGAGAACCUAACAGGACUUUCGGGCGAUGGGCGUAAAGCGCAAGAUUAUGUUUGUGGGUUAGCCCCAAGAAUCAGAAGGCUGGAGGAAAGAGCUCAAGGUAGGGCCAAACAAGCUCCCACCGUACCAUUCACUUGGAUAUUUGACAGAGAAGUUAAGCUGUAAGAGAAGGAACAAGAGAGGAGAAAAAGGAUACGUAUGUGCAUUCUCUAGCAAAAUUUCUUAGGUGCAUAAUCAAGGAGCUAAAAGUUUUGUGGUUGUGGGAGAAUGCCUUAGCGUCGUAUUUCUGUAGAUACAGUUGUUUCUUUCUGGUGGUGGUGUCGUAUUAGAUGAUGAGCAAAAAUAAAAAAUAAAAAACAGUAGUGGGGUUAGUUUCGUAAUGUUUUUGUUUCUCCUUUAAUAGUAUCUUGGACGAGAGUCGUUUCUUUUUUCAUUCUUAGUUUGUGUAAUGUAAGAGAUUAGUCUUUUUAUGGGACUGACGGUGAUUAUGAGUCGGCAGCUCUCGUUUGUUAGCUCUCAUUUCUGUUCCCCUUUUCCAAUGUAGAAUCUUUUACCAAACGGUUCCUAAUA